CUUUCCACAUGAAACCAUCGGACAGGAGAAGUCGAAGGAGCUGACAGGAGUCACCAACAGAGUCAAAGAAUCCCAAAAGACCUAACUCAGUCAAACUCUGCAAAGAUGAAGACUCUCACCCUUGCAGUCGCAGUGGCCGUCGUGCUCGCCUUCAUUUGGAUUCAGGAGAGCGCUGCCACAUUCCACGGGGCACAACAGCCGGAGGAGGCGGCGAGCAAUGAGGAUCCAGCUGCUGAUCCUCAGGAGACACCGGUGGACUCGUGGAUGAUGCCGAGUAACAGACAGAAGCGCGGCAUGAAGUGCAAGUUUUGCUGCAACUGCUGCAACAUGAAUGGCUGCGGCAUGUGCUGCGAUUUCUGAGGAAUUCCUGCUCCAACAGCCAUGAAAUGUCCGUUUAGUUCAGGUUAUUGUCUCGAAGAAGUUUUACCACUUUGAAUAAUAAUAAAAGAAGAAAUUACUUACAAAAAAUA